GUAUUUUACGCUCAUUUCAAUUUUUUGAUCUCUUCAUCUUUUUUAAAGUUGUUUACACAAUGUGAACAAACGUAACAGCGUAUUUGUUGAUGUUAUCUUUCUUCCAAAAACGAUGCCUACUUGUAAAGCUUAUGGCUGUAGAAAUAAUACUGGGAAAGGAGAGGUGAAGAAGUCUUUUUUUAUGAUUCCUCGACCGAACAGUAACGAAGAAAAGUUGCGUUGUUUGAGAUGGAUAAACAACAUGGGUCGUGCCGAUGUGAACAUCAAUACGUUGAAAUUUGGUAAAGACGCUGUGUUAUGCGAAGAUCAUUUUCACCCAGAUUGUUUAAAAAAAGAAAUAACAUUGCCGGAAUAUUUUACGAAAAGAAAAAAGAAAGAGUUAGUACCGGGGGCAGUGCCAACAAAAUUUUCGCACAAAACAUACGAUGAAAUAAACAUGGACGGCACAAAACAUUUACAGCAACGAAAAUUAUCUGUCAGACGAAGUGAAGAAUUAGCACGUUCUGAACUUAUCGGCCAUCUGCUAACGGAAAACGAAGUUUCUCAAAACGAAACUGUGAAUGUUCAAACAAAUCCAACUUUGGUUGAAGAAGAAACCAUCAUGAUCAUAAAUGUGAAGGAUAUUAUUGAACCAACCCACAAGAACGUUGGAGUUCAAUGUGAAAUAUCACUAAGCGACUUAAACAGAAGCUGUCAAACUGAUCGCUUAGAAUCAUGUGACUUUGAAGCGCAAGCUCCCGAGUAUUAUUCCAUUUCUGCUAAUUACGUUGCUGUGGUAAACGAUCACGCAUAUUCCAAAGAAAAAACUGUUUGCUCCACUCCUUCUAAAAGAAAGCACGUUUGUGAGGACGUCUCACUCUCUCCUAUAAACUCGUCAUUACAAUCUUUACCAACUGACGAUGAAAAAGACUCUGAUUACAUCGCUGAAAGUGCAGAAGAGUCAAUCAAUAUUAGUGAUGCUCAUGAAACCGAACGAAGCAGUUUGAAAGAAAAGAAAUUUGUUGUUUUCGAAAGCAUGCUAGAUGAAAUAUUUAACCUACUGCCCUGUCGUUCAUGUGAUGGAACCGCAACCAGUAUUGAAAAGCGUGAGCAGGGAACGUGUGUACUAUACAAAGGGUAUUGCAUCAAUGAGCAUGUGGUUUUUGACUGGAAAAGUCAACCCAUGCUUGGAAAAAUGUCAGCAUUUAAUUUGUUGCUAUCCUCUGCAAUAUUUUGUUCAGGAAACACAUAUGUAAGGGUGAAGAAAGUUGCGAAUUUUUCUGGUUUAAAUUUUGUCAAUCAACGAACAUACUAUGAUGUUCAGCGAUCACUGAUAAUCCCAACUGUAAACGACCAUUUCGUGAAAAAUAUUGCCAGUGCAAGAGAGGAUAGUCGGGGAGAGAAUGAAGCAUGUCUUGGCGAUGGCAGAUUUGACUCACCUGGUAAAUCUGCCAAGUAUUGCACAUAUAGUUUACAAUCGUCAGCGUCUAACAAAAUUGUUGCGACAACCACAAUCCAAACAACAACCGGUAAAGGUUCGGCGCCCUUGGAGUUACAAGGCUUCAAAAAUUGCCUUGAGCAGUGUAAUAUCUCGUAAAAAGGAACUCAUGAAAACGUGUCUUAUAUCAACAAAAUAUUUUCUGUACUGCCGAAGCAUCUAAAAAGUAUACAUCACAUUCAUCAAACGUGGCUUUAAGAGUCACGUGUUAAAAAUAUAUAAAUAAUGAACACACCCCACCAAAAACGAUGAUGUCAUCUUCGUUUAAAAAGUCAAUUUUAAUUUCGUCGUUAUCUUCCUUGUCAUUCUCGUAGUCGCGAUCAGACUGUUCAACAGGAUAAAGUUUGUUCAAAGUGCGUGUAAUUAUCAUUUUACGAUUGUUGUUAGUUGCGACUAAUACCUUUGCUGCACGUAUACGAGCGUCCUUGCUUUUCAACAAUUCCGUUACUCGACGUAUCUUCCAUUUUGCUCUAGUUUUAACAUCAUCGUGUAUAAGAACAACAUC